AGAUUAUUUAACCCAUCCUGUAUAUACAUGCGCGCCAGGUGUGCUUUACAUCCACCGAUAGUUCUUUCCUGUGUUCUGUGUGUCGAAAUGAUGAAAUAUUUCAAGUUCUUUUGACGCAUUCAGAAUGCUUACGUAGUUCUAUCUUUACGUGGUAAUUGGACCGUUUCUGGCUGACUUCCUCAGUAACAUCAGUGUUUGCGUAAGUGUGUUGACGCGUUGCGUACUCGAAGCAUUCGGCGGGCGUCUGUCAUUUUUUGAGAGAAAAAGUUCACUCUUGUGAUUUGAAAUUUGUCAUGGAACCUGCCUCCCCAGGAAUCAUUAUCCCUGAUGAUUAUACUGGUUAUCAUCCAGAUUUUUUCUGUGUUCCUAGACAUUAUGAAGGUGCUUUAGAAUGUGUUUUAGUGCCUGGUGGUGUCAUUAAGGACAGGAUUGAGAGACUUGCUCAAGAUAUCGCAGAAGAUAUUGGAAAGGAGCCAAUAUUUGCCCUUUGUGUUCUCAAAGGAGGUUAUAAAUUUUUUACUGACCUUAUUGACCAAGUGAAAAAAUAUAACCAUUAUGCUACUCGUAAUACAAUUCGUAUAGCGGUGGAUUUCAUUCGUUUAAAGAGCUAUAAGGAUGAUGAAAGUGCAGGAGAUGUCCAAGUGAUUGGCAUUGAUGAUUUAAGCGUAUUAACUGGCAAAAAUGUGCUUAUUGUUGAAGAUGUGAUUGAUACUGGUCGUACUAUUAAAGAGCUUUUACGAUUGGUAAAGUCAUACCAUGUAAAAUCUGCAAAAGUUGCCAGCUUACUUGUGAAACGCACAAAGGGAAAUUUUUAUCGCCCUGAUUAUUGUGGAUUUGAAGUUCCAGACAAAUUUGUAGUCGGAUAUGCCAUUGAUUAUAAUGAGUACUUUAGAGAUUUGGAUCACGUCUGUAUUGUAAAUGAAUAUGGGAAGAAGAAAUUCGGUUCUAGCUAUCCAAAUGGCAGCAUCAGGCAGUAAUUUGUUUCAAUAUGUGAUCUAGGCUAUGCUUGUGAUUUGCUUUCAUUAGAUAGUAGUAGCAGUA